AUUGUGUCAGUGGGGUUUUUCGAUGCAGUUGACUACGGCUUACCGGGGGUUGGAAAGACAACACGAAAAGUCUUUGACAUUUCCCAAAUCGGAUCCCAGACCAUCAGAUGGAUGCCCACCAACAUUGAUUGGGCCAAGCAACAAAUCCAGAAUUCCAAGUGUAAUACGAGAGCUUGGACCUGUCAAGAGGCGGCUUCAUCGGCGAGGCGGCUGUACUUCACCAACCACUUUGCCCUUCUGGAGAAUGGCAACAAGGGAGAAAGCUACGUCGAAGGCCUACCGGAUGAACUGUGCCCAUGGAAUGGGACCGCAUGGGAUAGUACUGUACUAAAUCAGUCAUCUUCUAUUCCAUACGUUGAGAGCUACGCAACACGGGAGCUAUCUAUCAAAGCGGACGUCUUCCGCGCAUUCCAGGGAUGGCAGUGCCAUUACAACCAUGAGCAUUUGGGGAAGUCUGUCCUGUUUUGUGGAAUCAAGAUUGGAGGCCAUUGCGAUUUUUCGCCGGCUUUGCUGUGGGGAGAGCGACAACCCUUCCUUCCAAUCCCCCAAAGACGCGCUUGGGGGCAGAGUUGGACAUGGCUGGGGUGGCAUGGAUCGCCGGGAUUUCAGCAUCUCCAAAAAUUCCAGUGCUUUCCAUACUAAUCGAUGGUGCACUCUAAGGUGUAUUUUGCGUCUGCUGUACAAGUGUCACUUCGGUACGCGGAUGGAUCCACCUUCAAAUGGUCGUCCAUGACGCAGGA